AUGCGCGUAUUUGAGGAGGACGAUGAUGACAGUUUUCGUAGUCCAGACACGAUCGCUCAUCCUUUACCAGCUUACAAUUAUGCAGUUUUCUUUCGCGAAUACCGAAAGACUUGUCUUGCGACAAUAGCUUUGUUUACUGUUGCAUUUUCUAUGUAUUUGUGGAGAUGGCUUCGGCUGCAACAAGAAGAACAGUUUCAUCACGAUUGGCUUAACGAUUCAGUUUUCAAAAAAAUUCUACGGCGAAUCUUCCUCAAAAGUUCCAGUACAUCUAUGAAUGGGGACAGUUGUGAUACUUCUAGUAUGGAUUGGGAAAUAAAUGAUAGCUUUGAUAGAGGAAGCAUCAUCGAUGAUGAUAGUGGUAUACAGGACAUUAGUUCAAAAAUACCGAAAUCUGAAUUACAAGAGAUCAAACAUACCAAGGAUUCCUUUAUAUUAAAAAAGCACAUGGAGACUUGGAGCAGCGAACAAGAUGAAGCAGUUUUCUCACUUAGUGAAUUGCAUGGGAAAUUAGCAACAGCAGACUUGCGAGCAAGAGCUAAGAAGUUAGAAAAAGUAAUGACGGAAGGAGAACGAAGAGAAGAACAGUUAGCGCAACAAAAGCAGUUGGAGUCUAUAUGUGAACUCAUCAUGCAAAAGCCAGAAAAAUUUGGUGUGCAUGAUAAAUCAGAAAUUAUGGAACAAAUGAAAUUGUAUGCUAUUUGA